GCGAUUCGCUCCAAGCGGGCAACGGGCGCAGCCUUACAGAAGAAAGUGGCAUGGCCACGUGCAGGGCUGCAUGUCCGUCCACCUCGUCUUCGGCGGUGGGUAGGUAUAAAUAAGGCGCCGCCGUGACGCGCAGGCAUGACUCUCCAGGCAUCGUCACAGCAACCUACUCCAACGAAAACAUUAAGCGAUAUCCAGCCAUGGCGAUCCACACGCUCCCAAGCAAGGCCUACGGCCCAGAAGUGCAGCGCGUGCCGGCCGACGCCCCGCUCGACGAUAUCCUCUACCUGCUGAAGCGCGACGGGGGCGUGUUUGUCGAGAAGCUGGUUGCGCGCGCGGACGUCGCUAGGGCGUAUGAGGAGGUGCGCGAGCGGCUGGACGGGGACGAGGCGUGGGAGGGGGAGUUCUUCCCUAAAGAGACGCAGCGCGCGCCCUCGCUCGUCGCGCGCAGCCCCACGUACACGCGCACGCAGCUCAUGCACCCGCUGUACCAAGCCGUCGUCGCGCACUUCCUCACCACGCGCUCCGUGUUCUGGUGGGGCGACCACAAAAAAGAAUCAGUCUCGAAGCCGUACGUCCACUCGGCGGUUGCGAUGCGCAUAGGGCCCGGGGGCAAGGCACAGCCCCUGCACCGCGACGACUAUAUUGCGCAUAACCAGCAUGCCGAGAUCGCGGAGUGGGACGAUGAGCGCGAUCGGAACCGUGAGAGCGCUGUUGGGAUGUUUGUGGCGGGCUCGGAGGUUACGCGGGAGAAUGGGGGGACGAUGUUUAUCCCGCGGAGCCAUCUGUGGGGCACCGACCGCACCACCCCGCCCUCCCCCACCGACUGCAUCCACGCACGCAUGUCCCCCGGCGACGCAUUCAUCAUGCUGGCGUCGGCGUUCCACGGCGGCGGGCACAACCGCACCCCCGACGAGCAGCGCCUCGUCUUCGCCACGUUCGCGACGCGCGGCUACUUGCGCCAGGAGGAGAACCAGUUCCUGGCUGUGCCGAUGGACGUCGCGAGGGGCUAUGACCGCGCCACGCAGGAGUUUAUGGGCUACUCGAUGAGCGAGCCUGCGUGUGGGAAUGUGGAGGAGUUGGACCCGAUUUUCGUGCUGAGGCCGGAGUUGAAGGGGGUGGGGGGUGGGAGGGACUUUUAG